UCUGUUCUCUUAGAACAUGUGCACAGCAUGGCGUGGCGGUAUUGGAAUUCCACGAGGCGUUUGAAGUAAAGUUAAUUUAUCUAUAAUUCUUUUGUGCAGUGUGCUUUUUGUCUAACUUAAUAUACUUAUUCGGAAAAGUGAAUUUAGAUUUCUGCAGCUCUCCACAAUGACAAGUAAAUUACAAUCAAAUAUGAACACCAAUAUUGCUGAGACUGAUGACAAAUCACUUUCAGAAUGGCCGACUUUAAGUGAUGUGUGUAGUAACAUGAAACACAGCUCUCCAAAUGGUAAUUCAUCAAAGAAUGCUAAAACAGAAUCCAAAAGGACUAAUUCGCCGACUGAAAAGACUGAAGGUGAGGAUUCUGCCAAAGAGAAUGAAGAUACAGUAUCUCACACUAAUGGCCGCGGAGCCAGGAAAAAAGGAACAAGGCAGAAGUGGGUGCCUGUACCCAUUGCGCCUCCUCCAUAUCGAAAGCGUUUUGAGCGUUUUAAUGGUAAAGCUUCCUUUGAGAAUGAUCGCAAAAGUGAUAAGAUAUCGGAUAAAAAAAGUGAAAAUUAUGAAUCUUCAACAGGACUAGAAAACAGCAGAGGCAUCUCUCGGAGUUUCGGUCGGUUUCGAGGCAAAAGAGGCCGAAUAUCUACACAAUCGUGGCGUCAAAGACGAGAAGAAAUUUCAGCUGAUGAUGUAGACGCAAAAGUCAUUGAAGGCAAGAGUGAAACAGAUGAAUUAUCAUCUGGAAUGUUCUAUGAUCCUUACGUUCACAAUUGCUAUGCUGCCGCGGCGAUGGAAAAAGAGUUAAAAAAGGCCAUCCGCAAUCAGAUUGAGUAUUACUUCAGCGAAGAAAACCUUGUAAAUGACAUUUUUAUGCGAAGGAAAAUGGAUGAUUUAGGUUAUGUGCCAUUAAGUCUAAUUGCGGAAUUUCGCCGUGUUAAAAACCUGACGAAAAACAAAAAAACAAUUGUGGAAGCCCUCAACGAAAGUGAUAAACUCGAAGUGCUGGAUAACAUGAAAGUGAGACCUGUUGUUGAUCCACUAAAGUGGCCACUUUUUGAUUACGACAGUCACAUAUUUGAAUUUCGGUAUGAUGUCCCUGAAUUCGUACCAGGUCAACCAUACAUAUCUUCGCUUAUUGAUGGUAUAGAGGGCCUAAAUUUUUAUGAAGAUGUGUAUCCCGACUAUAUAUCUGAUGGAUAUGUGAAUGGUCCUGAAAAUCACUUUGACAUGAUUACGCAAAAUACGGCUGUACAAGCCACAGGUUAAUUUGAUCUCCGUGGUUUCAAUCAAUGUUUGGAUUUUUCACCUCGAGACAGCUUAUAACAAUGCAGGUGUUUGAGUGUUCAAGUUGAUUUUGUUUCUAUGUUUUGUAGUAUGUGAUAUUUUGAUUAGUUCGACUUGGUUGAUUGUUUCUCUAUUUACUUGUAAGAUGUUUAGUUAUUUCCGUUAUUGGUUUUGUAAUUAUCAAGUAAUUGAUCACUUAAAGUAAUACAUUAAUCAUUUGAGUUUUUUUAUAACCUUAUUCGAGUGCAUUGUCAUGUGUAUAUAUUAUGCGUCGACUUGAUGAUUUAUUAUAUAUGGUGUGUAUAUUUUAUGUACUGAUGUUUGUUACGAACUUUUAUUGAGGGUAGUUUAUCCAUUAUGUUGUAUCAACAUUUUGUCCAAAUAGGAGAUAUCUAUAAUUAUAGGAGGUAUAUAUAUUUGUAAUGAAAUUUGGUCACUUUUUAUAUUGCUCUUGUGCAUAAUUUUGAACACAUUUUUUCUGUACUUAGAAUGCAUUUUACUUGAUUGUUUCAUCUGAUGCUUGUAAUGAUGCAGAUUUCUUUCAAAAUGAGUUAUGAGUUAAUUAUUGGUACAUGAGAACUCUUUUCGUACCUUUACUAAAGAUAACCCUUUUGGACUGCUACAUAGUUUAAUUUUAUUUUGAUUUUGUUUCAUAAAUUUCAAUCUUGAAAGUUAUCUAACAUUCGGAUGUUAUUAGUUUUGUUUCUUUGAUGCAUUUGAGUAUGAAUUCUAAUUGGUUUUGUAUAGUUAAUAUUGGCUUUUUACUCCAUUCUAAUAUUAAUUGGUUAUUUCACAUAAGAUAUUGGCAAAAUAUUAAAAUUUAUAUACAGAAUUGAUUGAUAAUUAAAAUAAAAUUUCAAAUUUAA